UUAUGUAAGUGUUUGCUUUCCAGUUGUGGUUUUCUCCAUCCUAUUUCUUCGUACUUCUUCUUUUAUUUAGAGAUGCCCUUUCGGUGUUUCUUGAAGAAUGGUUUAGGUUUGCUGUACUCUUUUAGCUUGUGUUUGUUGGAGGAAUUCUUUAUUCCCCCUUCUAUGUUAAAUGAUAUUCUUGCUGGAUAGAGUAUUCUAGGCUGCAAAUUGUUUCCUUUCAGAAUUUAAGUAUAUCUUGCCCCUCCCUUCUGGCCUUUACUGUUUCUGUGGAGAAAUCAGCCUUCUGCCAUGUGGGUGUUCCCUUAGAAUUAACCCUUUGUUUUCUUCUUACUGCCUUUAGAAUCCUCCCUCUCACUUAAACUUUUGCCAUUCGUAUCAUAAUAUGUUUUUGUGUGGGCCAGUUUGGGUUCAACUUGUUUGGGGCCCUCUGGGCUUCCUGUAUCUUGAUACCAGAUUACUUUGUUUAGUGUUGGAAAGGUUUCAGACAUAAUUUCAUUGAAUAUACUUUCAAUCCCCUUUUCUUUUUCUUCUCCUUCUGGAAUUCCUAUUAUGCAUACAUUGGCCCUCUUUGUAUCACCCCAUGGAUCUCUUAUACUGCUUUCAUGUUUUUUCAUUUGGUUUUCUGUCCACUGUCCCGACUGGGUGAUUUCCAUGAGUCCAUCUUCCAGGUCACCAAUUCCUCCCUCUGCAUCAUUCAUUCUGCUCGUCAGUUCCUUUAGCUCAGUUUGUGUCUCUGAACAUGAAUUUCCUAAUUUUUCUCUGUUCCUACUUACACAUUUCUGGUUCCUUUCCAAAGGAAUCUGCAUUACUUUUCACCUCUGCUCUUAAUUCCUUGAUAUUCAGACUCAAUUCCUUCAGUAGUUUCACCUCCUCCCUUUUGAACACAGUGUCUAUCAGACUACCAAGGACUGUUUCAUUUUUUUGCUGCUUCAUGUGAAUUCUCCUGUUCCUUUAACUGGAAUUGGUUCCUGAGCUUCUUCAUCUUGCUUAUGGUUUUCUCUUUCUGUGAGUUUAGGGAAGCCAAACUGAAGUCUUGGAGGGUGACUUCUAUCAGGAACACCCUUGUAUUUUUGGGGGGUUGCUAUUUUUCUUCGUCAUGGGAAUUUGAAUAUUAGGUGUCUUGUUCUUUGGUAUGAGCAGGCUGUUAUCCCCAAGGUGCUGAGUGUGUUCCCAGGGAGCAGGAGGCAAUGCUUAGGGGUAGUAGUCAGUGCCUGGCUGCUGGGCUCUUAACAGCAGCAAGGACCUGCAGGAAGGUGGCACAGCCUUCUCCUUAUUGAAGGACCCUGGGAAGUGUGGAUGAGACUUAGGCGGAUUUACAGGAUGCCCAGAGCAUUUGGCAGUGGCAACAGCAGGGUGGGUGUGUUCCCAGGGGAGCAAGAACAGCAACAGGUGGUAUUCCACUGCAAUGUCCUCCUCUGUGGUGCCCUCUGAGGUGGCCGGGGCUGCAAAUGAUUCCUGAUCAGGGUCCCCCAGAAGCAGUGAUUGUGAACUGGGAGGGACUUUGGAUGAAGGAUAUACCCUUAUGAGAAUCAGAGAGGAUGGGAAAAUGGAGCCAGUAGGGGUUUUAGUGGCUAGGAGAGAUGAUGGCCCAGUUGUUGGAGGGAGAAAGUGAAAUUUAAGUGGGAAAGGAGGGCUGAAAGGUUAUUAAGGAAGACAUAGUUCCUGACACAUGUCCAUUGGUGCAGACUGCUUAAUACCAAACCAAUUGUUCCUAAUUGUUGGAUCUCGUUAGGAGGACGAACAAGGAGUAUGGAAUUGCUUUAGGUUUCCUAUUUGACAGCUUUCCGGACAAACAUCAGGAAGAAGGUAUCCUGCCUGAGCCACCUUCCUGUAUGACCUUGAGCCACAAGGGGUAUCUACUUUAUCCUUUCAACUGUAAAAUGGGGAUCACAUCAUAGGACUGCUCGGAAGAGGAGUAUCAGGAUAUAGGGGCUGUUGCUGAAACACAGGGGGAUUGCCAAGCAUCCGCUGCCACGAGUCCCUGUAAGAGGGUCCCAACAGCAGCCAGGGCAGCAAGGACAAACUUCUUCCCGCCCAACACCAAUCCUGGCCUCCCCAGGGUCCUGAGGAUUGUCCUCCACGUUCCCUCCAGUAACAGAAGCACUGCAAGUCAACUUCCAAAAAUAUAACAUACACUUCAAUAUUCCACUUAUUAUAGUAACAUAAACCAAACCAAAAUGUGGCCCUUUCAGGAACCCAAAGAAUUAUUCCUGCAUGCAAUAAAUAUCCCAACCACUGGCUUGGCACAGAAAGAACUUCACAAACCCCCCAAGCCCGGGGCAUCACUGGGAAUCCCACAGAGCCAGGUACACGGCCCAAAGGGUAGUUGAACAUAGGACCAUGUCUCUCAUUCACUGUCUGGAAUGCCUCUUAAGAAAGCUGCCAGGAACUCUGUUCCUCAUAAGCCAUCUCCCUUAGCAGUUUUUUUUUCAUUACAGAAAAAGCAAUCAUUGCCAUUCUGUAGGGAGUAAUGGGCCCAGCCUAAGAGAAUGAAUCAGCACUCCUUUUUCUCCUUUGGAAGAUCUCCUCCCAAAUACUUUUUGCUCAACUGCAAGAACUCCCUUGCCCCCAGGGGCCCUUCACCUAUAUAUCACCUCCCAACAGAACCCCGGGCAUCUCAGGUUAAUUUAAAAGACUGCUGUGCCCAGGUUUGGCUCUGGAUGUGGCACCAGGGACAGAGUGGAGUCAGGAGUUGGUCAUUGGGAACAUCGUGCACCAUUUGGCCAGUCCUUGGACAGAGGCAAGAAGGCAGGGCUUAGUGCCCUAGGAGUCUCACUCCUGGCAGCCAGACACACUGGAUCCCAGCUCUGGUGUUACUAGCUCCUUGGUAGUCAGGUCCAGCCCCUUGUAUUGCCCCGCCUCCUGUCCUAGAUGCACACUACCCUCCACUCUCCACACCAGAGGCUCGGACACACUACACCGGCCAUGUCCUCCCACACUCGUGUGGCCCUGGUGACUGGCUCAAACAAGGGUAUUGGCCUUGCCAUUGUACGGGAGCUGUGUCGGCAGUUCUCGGGGGAUGUGGUACUCACAGCCAGGGAUGUGGUUCGGGGACAGGCGGCAGUGAAGCAGCUGGAGGCAGAGGGCCUGAGCCCACGCUUCCACCAGCUGGACAUCAAUGACCUGCAGAGCAUCCGGGUCCUGCGUGACUUCCUGUGCAAGGAGUACGGGGGGCUGGACGUGCUGGUCAACAAUGCGGCCAUCACCCCCAGAACUCUAAGAGCUGCCAAUCCCACACCAUUUCAUACUCAGGCAGAAAUGAUGAUGAAAACCAACUUCGUGGGAACCCGAGAUGUGUGCACCGAGCUUCUGCCGCUAAUAAGACCCAAAGGCAGAGUGGUGAAUGUGUCUAGCACUGAGGGUGUCAGAGCCCUUAACGAGUGCAGCCCUGAAUUGCAGCAGAAGUUCAAGAGUGAGACCAUCACAGAGGAGGAGCUGGUGGGGCUCAUGAACAAGUUUGUGGAAGACACAAAGAACGGGGUGCACAGGAAGGAGGGAUGGAGUGAUUCGACCUACGGAGUGACAAAAAUUGGGGUCUCUGUGUUGUCCAGGAUCUACGCCAGGAAACUGAGUGAGCAGAGAGCAGGGGACAAGAUCCUCCUGAAUGCCUGCUGCCCAGGGUGGGUGAGAACUGACAGGGGACCCAAAGCCCCCAAGAGCCCAGAGGAAGGAGCAGAGACCCCCGUGUACCUGGCCCUUUUGCCCUCAGAUGCAGAGGGGCCUCACGGUCAGUUUGUUUCUGACAAAAAAGUUGUAGAGUGGGGUGUUCUCCCUGAGAGCUUCCCCUGGGUCAAUGCAUAAUUUGUGUCCUGAUUUCCCCAAAAGGGUACUUACACUGUCAAUGUAUCCUGAUGCAAAAAUGAAAAAGAAAACAGAGAACCAAAUUGUCUCUAUUAAGUCCCCACUCACAGAGGGCUGCUCAUUCUGUGAAGGCUUAUGUGAUUACUUCUCUGACCCCAAGGAAGGGAAACAUGGAGUAGAUGACAAAUAAUGUAAACCAAUCAAGAGAUGAAUAAAUGGCUCUUCAUAAAGGUC